ACCCUUCUUGACAGCCGUGUUGGUGACAUGCCCGGCUUGAGUGGCAGCGGUAAUGGAGCCAAUGUAGAUCAGGGGAAUUGCGUGCCAUGUGGCCUUUGAGCGUGCUAUGUGAUGAUGCCAGCGGGGUUAUAAAUAGCCAGCGCGCGUGGCGGAGAAACAGCCCAUCUCUCCUUCAGCUUUCCCGCACCCUUAUUCCAGCACCUCUCCUUUCAAGAUGAAGCAGCUCAGCGGAUCCUGCCACUGCGGUGCCAUCGCGUUCACCUUUUCGACCCAUGCGCCAGCGCCCUUUAUGCGCUGCUACUGCUCCAUUUGCCGCAAGACGUCUGGCGGCGGCGGCUACACAGUCAACAUGCUUGGGCAGUACGCAACGCUCAAAGUCACCAAGGGCAAGGACCUAAUGAAAAGCUACCGGGCUGUCAAAGACAAGACGGCUCCAAAGGACCAGCAGGUGCUGUGCCAGGACCGGUUCUUUUGCCCCACAUGUGCCUCCUAUUUGUAUGCAUAUGACGAGCAGUGGCCAGAGUGGUUCUACCCGUAUGCGUCGUGCAUCGAUACGGAGCUGCCAAAGCCCGAGCGCGUCACCCACAUCAUGAUGGGCAGCGCAGCCAAGUGGGCCGUGCCUGAAGACGGCGAGAGGUACGACGAGUACCGCCAUACUCGCUGGAGGAGUGGCAUAAAACCCACGGCUACUAUGUUGACUAACAUGCUGUUGAAAAUCAAAAUACUAGCCGGAAAGCGAAUUUUGAAAAUAAACAAAAAGUUUUUCUUGGUGGUCUUUACGCCUGCUGUUUUGGCGGUCUGUCGGACUUUCUCCCCUUCUCUUCCCCACUUUUUCAAUCUUCCAAAUACUCGUUUUUAUUUUCUUCUUUCUCAUUUCCCAUAUAUAUUUUUCCACCUUCAUUGCAUUUCCAUACUACCACCUAAUAUUAUGAACACUGAGGAUCCAGCCGUGCUAGCCAGUCCCCCGCGUCGCACACGCACGCGCACUGCGCUCGGUCUGUUUCCGCCCACAGACGCCCCCCAACGCAACGCGUCGCUCAGUAGCAUGGAGCCGGCCACAGAGCCCACGCCGCGGCUCAAGCGCACCUCAUCAUCGUCGAUCCGACGGCAGACGAUGGAGGAGACGCUGCGGUCGAUCAGCCGGCAGUACGGGCGGCGGCGGCGCCUAAACUCGACGGAAGCAAGCGCACCGACCAGCGCAGCCAGCUCGGUGACGGGCAAGUCGCGUGGGCCGGACACCAAACGACGCGGCGACUCGCGCGCGCUAUUCGCAGCAACCGCCCAGCCCUCUGUGCAGGACGGGCUGGUGGCCGAGCCGACAUUCAAUGUGCCGCGAUCCUCGGGCUCGUCGAUGCUGGCGCACCAGAUGAUCCUGAGCGCACACAAGCUGGCGCAGGAGCCGGAGAAGGUGCGGCCGCGGGCGUCGAUGCCGGUGAUUAACGGGGCACGGCGGGCGCCGCAGCGCACGCGGUCGCAUGUGUCGCGCGGGCGGCAGGACGAGCUGUCGGAUGCGCUGACGAUGAAGAGCGUGGAGAUUCGAGGGGGCAGGAUUGUCUUGGACGAUCCAAGCAGUUCCGAGAGCGAGGGAGAGCCGCCCAAGACCGCGUUCAGGCGGCGUGUGGAGUCGGUGGGGUCGACGGCCAGCGAGUAUAUUGCCGCGCUGGGCGAGGAAGAGUGGGAGGAAGGGAUGCGCAGGCGGUGGUAUGCGCGCCGGUGUCUUGGGCUGCGCCAGCCGUUUGAUUCUCUGCACCGGCUGGCCAAGGCCGAGCACACUUCGGCCAACCCCUUCCCGCUGCUGAGCGAUUUGAGAAGGGUACUGGGCGAGGCCAGGUGCGAAUUGGACGGCCGAGCCGUCGAUGUAUUGCUGUGCUCUGAAUCAAUUGUGGUUUGUGCGGCCGGUCCCGAGGACGAGACGCCGCAGGAGCUGAGGGCUGUGGAUUUCAGUGACGAGCUGGUGGUGCGUGUGGACGACAAUGACGAGACGCUGGUGCAUGUGUCUGACGACGAGCAGUCGAUGGUGCUGAGAUUUCCCUCUGGGGGGCGCCUGUGGGUGGAGCAGGCGCUGCAGGCACGCACGCGCCUGGAGAUACUCCUGCAAGACCUGCGGCUCGACGAGGAGGACUAUGUGGAGCGGCCACCGGUUCCACUGCUGGCACGUGGGCGUAGCUCGAUUGCGGGCUCGGUGGCCAAUGCCGAAAGCGUGACGGCUCUGGGCUCGCGGCUCCGCAAGCGCCAGGCGCAGGGCGGUGUUUUGUGGGUGCCAGACCACGAGACGUCGGUCUGCAUGGUCUGCCGCAAGACUGCGUUUUCGAUGAUGGUCCGGCGCCACCACUGCCGCGCAUGCGGACUGGUCAUUUGCUACCGCUGCUCGACGGUUGAGGACAAGCGCAGGCUGUGUGUGCGGUGCUCGGGCCGUCAGGGCGCGCUGGUGCCGAAGCCGUCGCCGUCGCUGCAUACGCUGGGCAGAAGGGCGGCCGAGUAUUUGCCCGCGGGCGACGUGGUCAUGCAGAUUGCUGCCCAGCGCGCCGCGGCGGUGGUCGAUGGCUCGGGCGUCACUAGAGUCAAGCCGGACCGUCAUGCGAGGCGGCCACUGUCGACGGUCCUGUUUACAAAUGCCGAUGUCGACAAUGUCGAUGAUGGCGCUGACUGUUACAAGUAGAGCUUUUUUAUGACUACAAC